GACAGACAAAGUAUCUUUGAAUUACACUUAAUCUGAGUACCCUAUUGAAAUGGAAAAUGAUAAACUCCGUUCUCUGGAUAUUACUCUUGCUCGAAAGUGAUCUGAUUGAUGCUGUAAAUGUGUUGGGAAAAGAGGGAAUGAAAGUAACUUUACCGACUGGAUUUAAUGACCUACCUAGUGGCACUAUUAUGGCAUGGUCUUUCCCAUUGAGUCGUUCAGAUUCAUUUGAUAACAUAGCGCUGCUGAAUGCUGGUGUGAUUACAACGGACUACAGUAGGAAGUUCAAAGACAGACUGAAGCUGGAUACUCAGACUGGAUCUCUCACCAUCAGAAACCUCACCAUCAACGACUCUGGACUUUAUAAAAUACUUAUCAUCAAUACACAGAGUUCAUCUAAGAUUGUAAAUCUAACUGUCUAUGCCUCAGUGUCUGCUCCUCACAUCAGUCACUCAGUGGACAGUCCAUUUGAAAGCAUGAGCUGUUCCUUGGUGUGCACUGUGAAGAACGGGAGAGAGGUGAUCUUGUCCUGGUACAGAGGAGGGGAGAUUCUCAACCAGACCAGCAGCCCUGAUCUUCUAGCCAAUCUCUCUCUCCCUCUGGAGUUAAACAAAAGAAAUGUUGACACCUACAGCUGUGAGGCUUCCAACCCUGCUGACUCAAAACCAACUCCGCUCAACAUUGAAACGCUCUGCCCUCAAUUGUCCUCACGCUCUGCUCUCAAAGGGUCUGGUCGCAAUCCUGUCCCAAUCGCACUGGUUACAUUGUUAGCAUUUGGGAUAAUAAGUGGUGGUAUAUUCUGGGCAGUUAAAAUAAUAAAAUGUGGAGCCUGCAAGCAAAGAGAAGAAGAAGGAUGAUGAUAAUGUGAACUUUCAGAGAUCGAUGUCUCAAGUUUUGAGGGAGAGUGCAAUUGACAUGCUGACUGCAGGAAUGUCCACCAGAGCUGUUGCCAGAGAAUUGAAUGCUCCCUUCUCUACCAUAAGCCGCCUAAAACGUUGUCUUAGAGAAUUUGGCAGUACGUCCAACCGGCCUCACAAACGUAAACCACGUGUAACCAUGCCAGCCCAGGACCUCCACAUCCAGCAUCUUCACCUGCGGGAUCAUCUGAUACCACCCACCUGGACAGCUGAUGAAACUGAGGCGAAUUUCCCCAGUAGGUGGGCCUAUGCCCUCCCAGCCCCAAUCAUGGCUGCGCCACUGCCCAGUCAUGUGAAAUCCAUAGAUUAGGGCCUAAUUUAUUUAUUUCAACUGACUUAUUUCCUUAUAUCAACUGUAACUCAGUAAAAUCGUUUAAAUUGUUGCAUGUUGCGUUGAUAUUUUUGCUCCGUAGAUUUGGAUCUUAUUGAAUUACAGGUUUCUGUUUCUAUUUGUUUAAGUGCUGGCUUUACAGGUUGAGUAUAUACUGGUAUCUGGCACCGGAGGAGUCUGUUUACCAGAAGAGUCUGUUUUGUACUCAGAUGUCAGAAUCUUACCUUUUGUUCAGACAGGACUGGAUUCAAUCACUCCUCUCUCAAAGCUGUGACCUUGGCGUGGUUUAGAGGCUUGUGUGUCUCAAUGACCCUGAGAGCUACGCCGGAGGGGGCUUGGGCCCCUGGUAGGUUUAGCCAUUCCGGAUUGGUCUUAGGUCAGGGGCCAGACCAACGACAGCAUUGGUCCUACAUGUUUCACGUUGGUAUGGUGCUAUAGGUUGGCAACCAUAACACUCUGACAAUGUUAAAUACUGUGUAUGACUUUACUGUCAUUUUAAAUGUCUUUUUCAUAGUAUUGUACCUUUUACUUUACAAGAAAUAUGCUUGAUAAAAAUGCAAUUUAAUUGUUGUUGUUUAAGUCUUAACAUUUGUCAACCACAAGGUUGACCUGGUCCUUGUGCUCCAGCUCAGCAAAUUUCAUAUACCGAUCUCACAUUUAUACCUUUCAUUGCCACUAUUGUAUAAUUGAGUGUCAUUUCACAUACAAAUAGCACCGCUAUUUAUUUGUCUGUUGCAUAAUGUGUAUGUCUUUAGUGUAAUUUUAGAUGUGUACUUUUUUAUUGUGGUGUACAUUACUUGGUAAAAAUACUAUAUUAUUAUUGUUAUUUAGGUCAUAACAUUUGUCUGAAAACCAGGAUUAGGAGUAUUUAAACAAGCAAAUUAGUUAAAUCAUGGGACCACAUCCACUCCCUGAAACAGUUUUACCAUUUAUUUUCAAAAUGCUUGUAACCGACUUCCCAAACCUGCUGAUCUCAUGGGCAUGUUUAAACUUGUGGAGAAUGUUUUCACGAAGGUUUGUCCUACCUGUAUCUCCGCUCUAGAGAGUCUCUGUUAUGUUCUCCACUAUUUACCAAACGACAUUAAAGCCUGAUAGGAAGGUUUCUGUAAUGUUCUUAACCACAUUGCAAAUAAGUGUCAUAGUCAUUAAUUUAAUAGAAAGUCAAUAAGUUAGCUUAACAUUAUUGAAUAUCAACCAGAUACAGCACACUACUACCAGCAUACUGUAAUUGAUGCAGGGUUACGAUGUGGGUUUGGGAGUGAGGAAUGUACAACUCUAUAUAUUACAGAGAAAACUCUUUGGGAAUGAGCAGAUACGAGUAGUGAUACGACAAUGGGAAAGUACACAUAACAGGUAAGAUAAGACCGGGAAAAAGACAUAGGUCAGCAUAAAAACAGUACCAGUCAAAAGUUUGGACACCUACUCAUCCAAGGGUUUUUCUUUAUUUUUACUUUUUUCUACAUCGUGUAAAAUAAUAUUGAAGACAUCAAAACUAUGAAAUAACAUGAAAUCAUGUCGUAACCAAAAAAAGUGUUAAACAAAUCAAAAUAGAUUUUAGAUUCUUCAAAGUAGCCACCCUUUGCCUUGAUGACCGCUUUGCACACUCUUGGCAUUCUCUCAACCAGCUUCACCUGGAAUGUUUUUCCAACAGUCUUGAAGGAGUUCCGACAUACCCUGAGCACUUUUUGGCUGCUUUUUCUUCAUUCUGUGGUCCAGCCCAUCCCAAACCAUCUCAAUUGCAUUGAGGUAUUGUGAUUGUGGAGGCCAGGUCAUCUGAUGCAGCAUUCCAUCACUCUCCUUCUUGGUCAAAUAGCCCUUACACAGCCUGGAGGUGUGUUGGGUCAUUGUCCUGUUGAAAAACAAAUGACAGUUCCACUAAGUGCAAACCAGAUGUGAUGGUAUAUUGCUGCAGAAUGCUGUGGUAGCCAUGCUUGUUAAGUGUUCUUUGAAUUCUAAAUACAUCCAUGACAGUGUCACCAGCAAAGCACCCCCACACCAUCACACCUUCUCCUCCGUGCUUCACGGUGGGAACCACACAUGUGGAGUUCAUCCUUUCACCUACUCUGCAUCUCACAAAGACAUGGCGGUUGGAACUAAACAUCUCAAAUUUGGACUCAUUAGAUUUCCACCAGUCAAAUCAAAUCCCAAAUCAAAUCAAGUCUAAUAGACAUUGCUCGUAUUUCUUGGCCCAAUCAAGUCUAUUCUUCUUAUUGGUGUCAUUUAGUAGUGUUUUCUUUGCAGCAAUUUGACCAUGAAUGCCUGAUUCACACAGUCUCCUCUGAACAGUCGAUGUUGAGAUGUGUCUGUUUUUUGAACUCUGUGAAGCAUUUAUUUGGGCUGGGUCUUCGUUUCCUGUGGCGGUCUUCAUGAGAGCCAGUUGCAUCAUAGCGCUUGAUGAUUUUUGCGAUUGCACUUGAAGAAACUUUCACCUUUCUUGAAAUGUUCCGCAUUGGCUGGCCUUCAUGUCUUAAUAUAAUGAUGGACUGUCGUUUCUCUUUGCUUAUUUGAGCUGUUCCUGCCAUAAUAUGGACUUGGUCUUUUUCCAAAUAGGGCUAUCUUCUGUAUACCACCCCUACCUUGACACAACACAACAGAUUGGCUCAAAUGUAUUAACUUCUAUACAAGGCACACCUGUUAAUUGAAAUGCAAUCCAGGUGACUACCUCAUGAAGCUGGUUGAGAGAAUGCCAAGAGUGUGCAAAGCUGUCAUCAUGGCAAAGGGUGGCUACAUUGAAGAAGAAAAACUUUUUUGGUUAUGACAUGAUUUCUUAUGUGUUAUUUCAUAAUGUUAAUGUCUUCACUAUUAUUCUACAAUGUAGAAAAUAGUAAAUAAAUAAAGAAAAACCCUGGAAUGAGUAGGUGUGACCAAACGUUUGACUGGUACUGUAUAUAAAUCCAUCCAUGUUUGAGGAUGUCAGGAGAUUAUGUAAAACCCGUCCACUAGGGAUAAAAGAGAGAACCGUUAACUUCAAGUAGGUUCAUCUGCCUCUGGUUCCAAAGGUUGCAUGUUCGAAACCAGCGAUAGAAACGUAUUUCUGUUUCAAUUAAGCCUAUCCCAAACCUCAACCCUAACCUUAAGCAUUCUGAUUUCAUGCCUAAAUGUAAGAAUUCAGAGUUAAUGCCUAAACGUCACCCUAACCUUGUAAAUUCAGAGUUAAAUGCCUAAACUUAACCUUUAAACAUUUGGAAAUUUGACAUUUGGAACAACUUCGAAAUUUGACGUUUGAGAAACAUGGAUGAAUGUCUAAUUCUGACGUGUGACUGUAAGCUCGUUGGUUAGUAUUCUGUAUCUGCCUGGUGUAGGGCUAACUUAUUUAAUAGCAUGCAGCCAUUACAUCACUCUGUCUAAUUUGUAAGUAUAAUGACAUCUUGUCCAAUCCAGUAUGUGGUACAAAAUAGAAACACUUGCUGUAAUUAACAAAGCUUUCUCUCAAGCUUUUGGCAGCCAGUUACCAGACUGGUCAGGUCAGUAAGACUUUCAGAGGAUUGUGGAAACAACUCAACAAGUCCAGUUAGUUGAUGUUUGCUGUCUUUUGAAAGUAAAUGAGCAACGUUUGCUUUAGGGAGAGUACACUACCUUUGUGUGUGCAUACUGUAAAUUACAAGGCACAUGCAAAACAUUUUUUAAAUGGUACAAUCAAAUACCAGUAUGUGCAUAGUGGGUGGUAGGUAUUCUGACUUGAGAUCUACUGUGUAUUGAGAAAGUAUUCACACAUCUGGACUUUUUCCCCAUUUUGUUGUGUUACAGCCUGAAUUUAAAAUGUAUUUAAUUGCGAUUUUGUGUCACUGGCCUACACACAAUACCCCAUAAUGUCCAAGUGUAAUUAUGUUUUUAGAAAUAUCCCUUUGAGCAUGGUGAAGUUAUUAAUUGCACUUUGGAUUAUGUAAUCAAGAGACACAGUUACGAUAAAGAUACAUGCAAAAUUCCUAACUCAGUUGUCGGAGAGGAAGGAAACCACUCAGGGAUUUCAACCAUGAGGCCAAUGGUGACUUUAAAACAGUUACAGAGCUUAAUGGCUGUGAUAAUAGAAAACUGAGGAUGGGUCAACAACAUUAUAGAUACUCCACAAUACUAACUUAAAUGACAUAGUGAAAAGAAGGAAGCCUGUACAGAAUAAAAAUAUUCCAAAACAUACAUCCUGUUUGAAAAUAUGGCACUACAGACAAAUUGCAAAAAAACAUGGGAAAGAAAUUAACUCAAUGUCCUGAAUACAAAGCGUUACGUUUGGGGAAAAUCCAACACAUCACUGAUUACCACUCUUCAUAUUUUCAAGCAUGGAGGUGGCUGCAUCAUGUUAUGACAUGUCAGCAUUAAACAUAAACGGGUUGUAAUAGGGGUGGCCAAACUUAUUCCAAAGACUGAAGUCAGCAGGAUUUUGUUUCAGUGAAGCACUAAUAAAACAACAAACUGAUUAAACUAAUUAACUUAUUAUGGUCUUCAGUCAAAAGAACCAUGAUUCAUUCAUUCAGGUUGAGCUGGAACAAAAACAUGCAUGAACUUGUCACGCCCUGACCUUAGUUGUCUUUGUUUUCUUGAUUAUUUUUGGUUAGGUCAGGGUGUGACGAGGGUGGUUGAUUUAGUUGUUGUAUUGUCUAGCUGUUUUUGUUCUGUCUAGGGUUUUUGUAUAUCUAUGGGGUUUUUGUAUGUCAAGGUAAUGUUGUGGCCUGAAUUGGUUCCCAAUCAGAGGCAGCUGUUUAUCGUUGUCUCUGAUUGGCGAUCCUAUUUAGGUUGCCAUUUUGGUUUUGUGGGUUAUUGUCUAUGUGUAGUUGCAAGUCAGCACUCGGUUGAUAUAGCGGCAAGGUCGUUUGUUUAGUGUUCUUCCUUUAAUUAAAGAAGAAUGUAUUCAUAUCA